UAAACAUUUUAUGGCGUAUGAAAACAAUGCUUCUGAAAAGUAAGUGGAUAGAAGUUGAUGAUAUAAAAUACUUGAAAUCAGUCGUAAAGAUAGUUAAUGUUCUCUUCAGAUCAUUGACACUAAAUGAGCAAUUUUCAAAAUUAAUUCUAAUAGAUACCCAUGUACGCGUUUUGGAGCAUCAACGUGAUCCACAUAUUACAGUAGUAAAUUUUGAAACAACAAGUGAAAGCGGUCCAACAGAAGUUGAUGAAAGUUCAUCGAGAGUAUUAAAACAUAAGUCACCAUCUUCAUCAUGGGAGUUUCCACAGUUGGUUGUAAGAGAUCAAUCAAUGAUCAAUGAUUCAGAUGCGAGAAAUUAUCCAUGGUAUGGGUCAAAAAAUCAGUUAGCAGCUAUGGAUUGUCGGAAAAGUGAAAUAUUAGUGAUACAUACCGUGAGAUGGAGCAUGACUAUCGAUAUCGAUGUUAAACCGGAUGAACGUUGA